GUGAUGUGGCGUCAGUCAGAAGAGAUUUGGCUUCUGCUGCAUGGGUUCAUUCCCACGUUUAGACUUUUCUUUUCUUGCAUGCAUUUCAGUGGUGCCUCAAGACACUUGGGUAGCGCGGGCUACUGAACUGCCCACGUUCGUGCAUUGCGUUCAUCGUUCAUGAUAUUUUACCGGAAGGACUGUGCAGAAUAUCUGGAUCCCGACAAUGCGGUGCUUCUCGGCUAUUGCAUUUGUUUUAUUUUUGUGCUGCCAUUUACGCCACAGCGCACAAGACAAUGGUGCUCAAGGAAAUGCAGGACUGCAGCUGACGAUUCUACACACUAACGACAUCCACUCGCACAUCGUCCCGAGCUCUAAAUAUGGCGGUCUAUGCACCGCUAAUAAGAGUCAGUGCUAUGGAGGUGUUGCCAGGAUUACGCACAAAGUAAAAGAGUUGAAGAAGAAUUAUACAAACGCAAUGUUUAUGAAUGCCGGAGAUUUCUAUCAAGGAACUGCUUGGUACAGCAUACUCAAAUACAACAUAGUUUCUGCUGUUAUGGAGAAAAUGCAGUACGAUUAUUUGUGUUUAGGAAAUCAUGAAUUUGACGAUGGACCAAAAGGACUGGCUCCAUUUUUACUCCGUAUGCAAGCAGCCAACAUUUCUGUCAUCAACACCAACGCAGACUUUUCGAACGAAGAUGCACUUAAGAAUAUUACACUUCCGAAAUCUGUGACAAAAAUUAUAAAUGGAACGAAAAUUGGCAUUGUUGGAGCAGUGCUUCAUGAAACUCGAGAGCUUUCGAAUCCAGGUAACGUCACGUUCGGCAAUGAUCUGGAAAGCAUCCGGAAUGAAUCCAGAAAACUUGCGGAGAACGGCACAAAGAUUAUAAUCGCCAUCACUCAUAUUGGCUAUCCCCAUGAAAUGGAAAUUGCUGCACAGGUAGAAGAAGUGGACAUAGUUGUCGGAGGCCACACGAAUACAUUUUUGUAUCACGAUGAAGAAGUUUUGAAUAUUACACUGGAGUUCGAGCCCCUGAUCAACGAAUCGAUUGCCAAGGUCAUCGGUUAUACGAAGGUGCUGUUGGAGCAGGACGACAAUAUCUGCCGCUUGCGCGAGUGCAACCAGGGCAACCUGCUGACGGAUGCGUACUUCUCAUACUACGUCGACAAGAGCGUCUCUACUCCCGAGAAGUGGUCAGAUGUGAAUGGAGCCGUGCUGAACGGAGGCACUAUCAGGGCGCCCAUUGCGCAAGGAAACAUCACUCUGGGUGACGUCAUGCAGACCGCGCCGUUCGGACAAACCAUCGUCAUUGUAACGCUCUAUGGCUAUGAGCUUCAAGAAAUGUUCGAGCACUCUGUCUCGAAUUACAGCUACGAGAAGAGAAAAGGGGAAUUUCUGCAAGUUGCUGGUAUACGAGUUGAGUACAAUUUGACAGCUCCUUCAAGAAACCGCGUUGUUUCGGUGCACAUACUUUGCACUAACUGUACGGUGCCUGUGUACAAGCCCCUGGAACAAUGCGAAGUAUACAGAGUCGUCACCACCGACUUCGUUGCCAGAGGUGGGGACGGAUUCAAGAAGGCAAGAAACGUUACCGACGCAGGACCUUUGGAUCUUGAUGUACUAAAGGAAUACAUCAUUAAAAUUUCACCGGUGAAGACGCCCGUGGAAGGUCGUAUCACGCUUCAUGGAAACAUAACAGAAGACGUCGAAGUUAAAAAACAAACGAAGCGGUGACACGAGUAGUGGCGUUCGUCAUCGAAGAGACGGGAAUAGCGAAAAUGAAGAAUUCACGUGUGAUUCGUAUCCUCCUGGAGAAUAAACAAUAUGAGUCAUUUCUUUCUUAACCCUCUGAGAUGCUAUGUACACAAUUGUGUACACCACCUGUAUUUGCUAUUUGUAUCGACUAGGGGCUACGGAAGAGCCAGAUACAUUGAGGUUUGAAUGAAUUUAACCUCCUUCAUA